AUGGGCAAGGCUCAGAAAAAGACGGGCAAAGGCAGACUCGACAAGUACUACAAACUUGCAAAAGAGCAAGGCUACCGUGCGCGGUCCGCUUUCAAGCUUAUACAGCUGAACAAAAAAUACUCUUUCUUGGAGUCCGCUCGAUGUUGUAUAGAUCUCUGUGCGGCGCCUGGAGGUUGGCUUCAGGUCGCGAGCAAGUACAUGCCAGUGAACAGCGUUAUAGUCGGCGUCGACCUGGUCUCCAUAAAGCCAAUACCCCACGUAAUAACUUUUGCCUCGGAUAUCACCACGCCACAAUGUCGCAAUCUCAUUCGUGCAGAACUCAAGGAUUGGAAAGCGGACGUCGUUCUACAUGAUGGCGCACCUAAUGUCGGUACAGCCUGGGUGCAAGAUGCAUAUGGCCAGUCAGAACUGGUUCUUAUGAGUAUGAAGCUCGCAGCCGAAUUCCUAAUCAAGGGUGGAACGUUCGUUACAAAGGUGUUCCGGAGCGUGGAUUAUAACAAUCUCAUCUGGGUAUUUAAUCAACUUUUCGGUAAGGUUGAGGCAACGAAACCACCGUCAUCCCGAAAUGUAUCUGCAGAAAUUUUCGUCGUCUGUAGAGACUUCCUUGCACCUAAACACAUUGACCCCAAAUUCUUCGAUCCCAAACAUGUAUUCAAGGAUCUCUCUGUGUCAGCUUCCACGAGUGAGCUAUCAUCGAAGAACCACCAGGUUACUGUGUUCCAGCCUGAGAAGAAGCGCAGACAUAGGGAUGGGUACGAUGACGGCGACUACAUCCUAUUCAAGAAGACUGGUGCCGCGGAAUUCAUUCGGAGUCAAGAUCCUAUAGCAGUCCUCGGUAGUGUCAAUAAGAUUACCUUCGAGACAGAAGAAGAGAAAGACUGGUUGAAGCUGGACAUUACCACCUCUGAUAUUACUGAAAAUUGUGGCGAUCUCAAAGUUCUGGGGAAAGGCGAUUUCAAGGCGCUUCUUAAAUGGCGCACAUCAUUGCGGGAGGAAGUUGGCCUUGAGGUCAAAACAAUGCCAUCCGAGGAGCUUACUGAAACAGUCGAGAUAACGGAGGAGCUCGAUGAGGAGGCUGCUAUUCAAAAUGAGGCAUGUGGUACCAACAAAUACAGUUUGAGUCUUGCUGAUGGCAUUCUUCGCCAGCUGGAGCGACUCAAUUCGGAAGCAGUAGCCCGCGCUAAGCGAGAUCGACGACGUGCCAAUGAAAUCAAAACUCGCACUAUCCAGCGAAUGCAGCUUCAAAUGACUGCACCUUUGGAUAUCGGUAUGGAACAUAAUGAUGCAGCCCUCAAAUACGGCCAGGAGGACGUCUUUGAGCUGGGAGGCGUCGCGAAAGCGAUGAAAGGACGCAAUGGAGCUACCGCGCUUGCGGACGUCGACGACGCAAGUACAGAUGACGACCCGGAGGAGGCCAGCUCAAAUGAAGAAGGGGAUGAACUCAUGGACUCAGAUGAGGAACAAGGGAGACAAAUUUCCCAUCUUGAGGCUGAGCUCGAUGGACUUUACGACGCGUAUCGGGAUCGUUUAAGGGAACGCGACGCAAAGUAUAAGGUUAAGGAAGCUCGGAAGAACAACAAGAAUAGGGAAGAAUGGCAUGGGAUCCAAGAGGCACAUAGUGAUGACGAUGAUGACAGCGAGGGGGAAGGGGGUUGGGAGAAUUUGGAGCAAGCAAAGGAAAGGAUGGGCGAAGAUUCGAGCUCUGACGAGAACUCUGACGAAGAAGAGAACGGCCCUGUCGUGACAAAGCGGAAACGUCCAUCCACCGAAAAUGUUCGCACCGAUGCUCAUGAUCACAAGAAGGCACGCACUAUAACCCAGGCCGACAUGCCUGCAGAAGCACCUCAUUUAAGUCGUGCUGCACAAGUUUGGUUCAGUCAGGAUUGUUUUGCUGGUGCAGAUAUCGAUGUUGAGGACGACCCAUCUGAACAAACAGACGCGACAGACGAGGACGAUGAGGCAGAAAGCUUGCAUUCAGAUCCGGGGCAGUCUUCAAGCGAAAAUGACAAUGACUUCGAGGAGGUGCCACAAGAUGUUGAUGGCGACGUAGACAUGUGGGACGUGGAAAACGAAAACUUGGAUGAGCUUAAAGAUGCCAAGAUCCGCAAUCAUGGGCUCUUGACGGCGGAAGCUGUCACUAUUGCGCAGCAACUCGUGAACAGAGAAAAAACGCGUACCCAGCUUGUCAACGAUGGUUUCAAUCGAUAUUCCCUAAAUGCGAAGGAUGAUCUCCCGUCUUGGUUUCUGGACGAUGAAGAUAAACAUUACAAGGCCAAUAUACCCGUCACAAAGGAGGCCAUUGCUGCCUUACGCGCGAAAAUGCGCGCGCUGGAUGCCCGUCCAAUCAAGAAAGUUGCGGAAGCAAAGGCACGAAAAAAGUUCAAGGCUGCGCAGCGAUUAGAGAAGGCCAUGAAGAAGGCGGACGGCGUCAACGACACCGCUGAUAUGACAGAGCGGGAGAAGGCAAAACAGAUAGAGAAAUUGAUGCAGAAGGGUAUGGCUAAGAGCAAGAAGAAAGAAGUGAAAGUGGUGGUUGCGAAAGGUUCUCACAAAGGUGUGAAGGGUCGCCCCAAGGGUGUGAAGGGACGCUACGUGAUGGUUGAUUCUAGGAUGAAAAAAGAGCUGCGAGCGAAGAAACGACAAGAGAAGGCAGCCAAGCGGCGAUGA